AUGGCUUCGCUUUACCAAAUUCUUCUUUUGCUAACUUACGAACUCCUCUUUAUGUUGAGCAUUAUUGUGACCAACAGCAAUGCCACCAAAAGCAUCAGUGCUAGUAGUAUGCCGAAGAGGGUGGUGGCCAAACUGAUCCAUCGCAAUUCCAUCCGAUCGCCAUUCUAUGACCCUAAUCAUACUGACAUUCAUCGUGCCAAGUUUGCUCUAGAAAAUUCUGCCGCACGCUUUGCCAUUAUUGAGCAAAAGAUGAAGAGCUGCGAGGUAAAUGCGUCGUGCUCAGACAACAUUCAAGCAAAGCUACGUGCAAAAACCUCUGUGGGCGUGUUCUUUGUAGAGUUUUACAUAAAAGACACUUCUCACCCAGUGCUUGCAGUCAUGGACACCGGAAGUACCCUUCUCUGGGUUCAAUGCAUUCCUUGCGAAAAUUGUGCUCAAGCCUCCAUCCCAAUAUACGAUCCUAGCACAUCAUCAACAUAUACAAACGUAUCAUGCCUGUCAGAAUAUUGUGAGGCUUUACAUCGUCCAAAAUGUGAUGAGCGCCGCAAUUGCAAAUAUGAGGUAGAAUAUGAAGGCGCACGCCCAACAGAAGGGAUACUUGCCAGAGAGUCACUCAUAUUCGACACUUCCGAUGAAGGGCUACUCACCAUACCAAAUGUUGUCUUCGGGUGCAGUCACGAGAGUGGGGAGAAACCCGACGCAGUUAUGGGAGUGGUUGGACUAAAUUAUAAUAAGUUGUCUCUAGCUACACAACUAGGAGGUAAAUUCUCCUAUUGUGUUGGAAAAGUUAAGGAUCCUUCUUAUGGAUACAACCAGUUAAUUUUAGGGAAAGGGGCCAUCCUUGAGGGAGACUCGACACCCCUAGACGUAUAUGAAGGAUUUUACUUUGUCACUCUGGAAGGGAUAAGUCUAGGAGGAGUUAUGCUUAAUAUUCCUAGAGCUGCAUUUGAGCGAAGAGCUUCAGGAAAAGGUGGCGUCAUAAUUGACUCGGGAGGAGAGAGUAGUGUUUUAAUCCAACGUGCGUACGAGGAGCUUGCCAACGCAGUAAGAGAUAUGACGGAACUGAAAAGUUGGUUCAAGCCCUAUGAAGAACCCAAUGCGUUGUGCUUUAUAGGUGAUGUUAACAAUGACACCAAGGGAUUUCCCGUCGUCACUUUUCAUUUCAGUGGCGGUGCGGAGCUGGGAUUAGAGGCAGAGAGCUUGUUUACUCAAUCUUCACCGACGUAUUUCUGCAUGACAAUGUUGGAAAAUCCUGAUGACUACUCUGUGAUAGGAAUAAAUGCUCAGCAGUUCCAUAACGUGGGAUAUGACAUUUCAGGCAAAAAAUUGUACUUGAGGAGGAUGGACUGCGAACUCCUGGAUGAAUGA